AUGACGGGACAAAAAUUCCCGUCCCCUCUCGCCGGGGUUAGCCGAGACACUCCGCUGCCGACAGCCAAAGCCGCCGACGGCAAGAGCCUGGUCAACCCGCCCGCGGGCACGCCCAGCGAAUCCUACCAGCAGUUUAUCAAGGCCUAUGACACGGAGAAGCGUGGAGCAUUUGACGUCCACGUGUACUACGACCAGACGAGCCAGGAUCAGACACAGUACGCUACGGAGCUUUAUGAGCGUAUUCGCCGCGAGUUCUCUGAACUGCGGAUUUACAAGCUCUGGGAUCGACCAAUCGGCCCCCAUCCCACUGCCAUGUUUGAGACCAAGACAUAA